AUGUACGAUUAUGCGGCAGUUCAUGCCGUGUAUACAAUACCGGUUGCCACGGUACUGACAGUGGUGGCCAAGCCGUUGUUGACCAAGCGCGACUUGUACAAGAUCGGCUUCCUGAUUACCAUAGCUGUGGUGUAUACGAUACCAUGGGAUUCUUACCUCAUCCGAACGGGUGUCUGGUCAUAUCCUCCCGAAGCUAUUAUCGGACCCACGCUGUUCAGUAUUCCUGCUGAGGAGCUGUUCUUCUUCGUGAUUCAGACCUACAUCACGACUCUGCUCCAGAUCCUCUUUAGCAAACCUGUGCUCUUCGCCGCGUAUUUGCAAAAUGACACUGCUCCUGGCGCGCAUGACCUUCGCCUUCGACACCAUGUUGGCCAAGGAGUCUUAUUGGCAUCUAUAGUGCUAUCUCUGCUUCCGGAUUUUCAAGGAAAGGAGGGAACCUACAUGAAGCUGAUCCUUCUAUGGGCUUCUCCAGUAUUGCUCUUCCUCUGGUCGCUGAGCUAUCCACUACUCCUUGCAUUACCUCGAAGCAAGACCUGGUUGCCAAUCUGGAUACCCACUCUAUAUCUAUGGGUCGUUGACACUAUCGCCUUGCACCGCGGUACCUGGAGCAUCACAUCUGGGACCAAGCUUGGCGUUGUUGUGUGGCCACACCUAGAGAUCGAGGAAGCAGUCUUCUUUCUCGUCACUAACACACUUGUGGUCUGGGGCGCGUAUGCAUUCGACAAUGCUAUUGCAAUACUAGAUGCAUUCCCCAACUUGUUCCCGACGGUGCCGACCUGGCCGUCACCUCUGUUGAUGGUUCAGAGUCUGCUCGUUUCGAGAGCAAAGUAUGAUCAAAACCGCCUCUAUGGAUUGACGAACGCGCUCGAUGUUCUGGCAAAGAAGUCAAGGAGCUUCUACCUCGCAUCAGGAGUCUUCACCGGCCGACUGCGGAUAGAUCUGAUUCUCUUGUAUGGGUUUUGCCGAGUCGCAGACGAUCUGAUCGACGACGCACCAAACGCUGAAGAGGCGAAGCAGUGGAUCGAACGUUUCACUUCUUUCCUAGACGCAGCCUAUGGAACGGAUUCAGGUGCGACAGAGGUGCAGCGAACACUGCUGCGAUUCCCAUCUGCUGCCCAAUCUGUGCUUAGCUUGCUGCCAGUGGACCGACUGCCGGCGAAGCCACUGUACGAGCUCCUCGAGGGCUUCAAAAUCGAUCUGGAAUUCAGCUCGACCAAACGUGCACCAAUCCAAACCGUCGACGACUUGGAACGGUAUGCUACCUGUGUUGCAGCAACAAUCGGCAAGCUCUGCCUCAGUCUCGUAUACUUCCACGCCCCAGACCGAGACCAACAGGAUGCGGAGACCCGCAAGCGGUGUAUCCAAGCUGGAACCAGGAUGGGUCGGGCUCUGCAGUACAUCAACAUCACGCGAGAUGUUACGACAGACGCAUGUGCUGGUCGCUGCUACAUUCCCAGCGAGUGGUUCAAGGAAGGGUCCUUCGCCAGAGCUUCAGACACUGAGAUCACGCAACUACGCAAACGCAUCCUGGAUACAGCAUUCGAGAUAUACGCCAAUGAACGGGACGCCAUUGAGUCGUUGCCUCGUUAUGCAAGAGACGGCAUUCGAGUGGCAGUUGAGAGUUACGUGGAAAUUGGUCGAGUACUCGAGUCACGCCUCGAACGAGGCCUGCCACUGGACUUUGCAGGUGGCGGUAAAAAAGGCCGAGCCAGUGUUCCAAGGCUGAGACGUUUGCUGGUCGGUUGGAAAGCUAUGGCUGGCAGCAGGGGAGCGGCUGUGGGAAUGUAA